AUGGAUUUUGGAAGUGAAUACAAGCGGGUUCAAGAGAAGUGUUGGGUUGUCCUGUCCUCAGCAAACCCGCUAGGAGGAGGAGAAGCCAAACGAUCUCCUCUCUCUCUCUCUCUCUCUCUCUCUCUCUCUCUCUCUCAUUUCAUUUCAUUUCAAAAUUUCGAUCUUUCUGCACAUCGUUCGUCAACAUCAAGCUCACAAGAGCUUAAUCUAAAGCAAAAAUAUUCAAAAUUAAAAGAAAGGAUGGAGAAAAUGAGAGAGAAAGUGAUGGAGAUAGUGAGAGAGACGAAGAGAGUAGGGAGAGAAGAUCCAAGGAGAGUAGUCCACUCUUUCAAAGUGGGGCUUGCGCUUGCUUUGGUCUCUUCCUUCUACUAUUACCAACCUCUCUACGACAACUUCGGUGUCAAUGCAAUGUGGGCCGUCAUGACUGUCGUUGUCGUCUUCGAAUUUUCCGUCGGGGCCACACUUGGGAAAGGACUGAACAGAGGAGUUGCAACAUUACUUGCUGGUUCACUUGGAGUUGGAGCUCACCACCUUGCAAGCAUGUCGGGCCCAACACUAGAACCGAUUCUGCUCGCUAUCUUUGUCUUUUUGCAAGCUUCGAUAUCUACGUUUAUACGGUUCUUUCCAAAGGUGAAGGCGAGAUACGACUACGGUUUAUUGAUAUUUAUCCUAACGUUCGCAUUGAUAUCGGUCUCGGGGUUCAGAGAGGACGAAAUUCUCGAUUUGGCACACAAGAGACUGUCGACGGUCUUCAUGGGAGGAGCUGCUUGUGUCCUUGUCUCUAUCUUUGUAUGUCCUGUUUGGGCAGGACAAGAUCUUCAUGAUCUCAUCGCCAACAAUCUGGCCAAACUCGGGAACUUUCUAGAAGAAUUUGGGGACGAAUAUUUUCAAGGGGCAGAGAGUGGAGAUACCAAAGAUGUUGACAUGAAGAGAGGGAAUCUCGAAGGUUACAAAAGCGUCCUCAACUCAAAAAGCAAUGAAGAAUGUUUGACGAAUUUCGCAAGAUGGGAACCGCAUCACGGACGUUUCAGGUUCAGACAUCCAUGGAAGCAAUACCUUGUUCUCGGUGCUCAGAUUCGACACUGCAGUUAUCGGAUCGAUGCCCUGAAUUCAUACCUCAAGGCAGAUGUUCAGGUCUCAAUGGAUGUAAAGAAGAGAUUGGAAGAACCAUUGAGAAGGAUGAGUUAUGAAUCAGGCGAAGCAAUGAAAGAACUAUCACUUGCGAUCAAGAAAAUGACCAAAGCAUCUUCCUCCGAUCUCCAUAUACAAAAGGCGAAUUCCGAGGCCAAAUCUCUCACAAACUUACUCGAAUCAGUAUUCGUGAAAGAGAUCGAACCGGUAGACGUUACUCGGGUCGUUACAAUAGCUUCUUUGCUUAUCGAUAUCGUGAACCUAACCGAGAAAAUAUCGGAAUCCGUGCAUAAACUAGCAUCCGAUGCACGAUUCAAGAACAAUAUCAAACCGACUGUAUCCCCGGAGAGUCCCGAUCACCUUGCUGUGACAAUAGUUCAUGGAGACAAUAUAAAUGGACCGACCGAUACAUCGGAAAGUAUUAAUCGAUUGCCCGAAAAUUCGAUACGGGAGACUGCUUCAAUGGAGUGCCCUCAUGUUGCUAUAACGAUCCAUGAAUCGGUCCACGAGAAACAAGAACUUGGGGACACGGUAACUAAGUGUAACAAAGGUCAUAGUGAUGCUGUAAAUAAUGAUAUGGCAACAAGAGAAGGUAUAGUGACAAAAUAAUUUAUAUUAUUAUAGGGGUUUUAUGAGUAAUAAAUAAGUUCGUUCUUUUGCAAGUUUUGGUUGGUUUAAUGUACCGAUGUAUAUGUGUGUGUGACUCAACAUAUAUAUUAUAAUAGAGAAAACAUAUAAUUAACAAAACCAAAUUAAGGCUGUUUAAUUU